UAGUGGAAGCUGUCUAUAUAUAUCCAACAAUACUCAACAAGGAUGCAACAAAACUCGGCGAUGAAGACGUCAGCCAAAAUUGUAUUAUCCAUUUCUAUUCUCCUCUUUUUGUCUCUGCCAUCCCCUGCUUUCUCAGCCCAUCCCAAAUGCAAUUCCCACGACAAAAAAGUGUUACUAGAAAUCAAAGCAGCCCUGAAUAAUCCUUACCACUUGGCCUCAUGGGAUCCAAAUGUAGAUUGCUGUUCGUGGUAUGCUAUGGAAUGUGACCCGAAUACUGGCCGAGUCAAUGCUCUCACCAUUUUCUCCGGUAACAUCUCCGGCCAAAUCCCACCUGCCGUCGGCGACCUCCCGUAUCUCGAAACCUUGGUAUUCAGAAAGCUCACAAACCUCACCGGCCAAAUCCCAUCUGCCAUCACCAAAUUAACUCGUCUCAAAAUGCUUAGACUUAGCUGGACUAAUCUCUCCGGCCCUGUUCCUUCAUUCCUCAGCCAGCUCAAGACCUUGACUUACUUGGACUUGUCAUUCAACGAUCUCACCGGUUCCAUCCCUCCUUCCCUUUCCCAGCUCCCGAAUCUUCAAGCGAUUCAUUUAGAUCGGAACAAGCUCACCGGAAGCAUCCCGGAAUCUUUUGGACACUGGGCCGGAACUACACCCGAUAUUUACCUCUCCCACAACAAUCUCACCGGCCCUGUUCCAGCAUCGUUUGGAAAUUUGAACUUUUCGUUUCAGAUUGACUUGUCCAGAAACAAGCUCGAAGGGGAUGCAUCCUUCUUGUUUGGGAGGAGCAAGACGGUUCUAACCAUCGAUUUAUCGAGGAAUCUCUUCGAGUUUGAUCUUUCUAAAGUGGAAUUUCCAGUGAAUUUGACGAAUUUGGACUUGAACCACAACAAGAUCUUUGGGAGUCUUCCACAGGGGUUGACUCAAUUGGACUUGCAAUUCCUGAAUGUGAGUUAUAACAGGCUUUGUGGUCCGAUUCCACAAGGUGGAGCCUUGCAGAGGUUCGAUCAGUACUCUUAUUUCCAUAACAGAUGCCUUUGUGGUGCUCCUCUUCCUCCCUGCAAAUGAUUUUGAAAACUGAAAAAACAGGGGAAAGUUUGCACCUUCCGGUUGAUUAAGGUGUUUGUUAAUUUGCUUCUCUGCUGUCUGGGAAGAAGAAUAAAGGGGUGCGCGAAUAAUAGUGAUUCGAAAGCAUCAGUAUUCAAAUAUGUUUCAAUACUCGGCUGUAAGAAGCUUUGUUAAUUUUACUGUGAACUUGCGGUUAAACGGUUCAUCUUGGAGACUGUAUGAUAUAACCCUUUGUCAGUUCACAUGAGUUCUUUCAUUUGCUUCCAAAAUCCUAUGGUGUCAUAUUGAUGACCACAUGUCAAUAUGAAGAAGAAUAUUGUCAUUCGUUUAGUAUUUAAUGAUAUAGUAGCAUAUUGUCUUAUUGAUAAACUUCACUUGAUAAAAUAUUGUCUUAUUAAUAAAAUUCUUAUUCUCGGGUUUAUUUUUAUUGAGGCGGCAGUGACAUGAAAAAAUAAUAUAUCAAAACAGAGUCAACGGCAACUUUAUUCGAAGCUAAACUGUUUAAUGAUUUUUUAAAAAAGAAUAAACGAAUUGAUUAGAGGGUAGAUUUGGUCUUGAAAAAGAUUAUUUUUAGAUUUAAGGGUAUUUUUAUCUUUUCACAUUAAGAUUUGAUGAUGGAGGGAUUAAUUUGUCCUUUGACUUAGCGGUAGGGGGGUUAUUGCCCUUAUAUGAAAU